UAUCAAAUCCGAGACUGUGGCCUUGUUACCAGAGGCAAAACUGUGCUUAACGUCAUCAGUUUGAUCCUGGGUAUAAUGUGUGCUCUAGGGACCUCCUUCACGGGGAACUUCCAGCUAGAGUUGUUGCAUGUCCUCCACUUGACAGGGGCUGGACUGGCCUUCUUCGGAGGCAUGCUGUACUUCUGGCUGCAGGUGUUUUUACACAAGGACACCUGCUGUGUGGCCAUGGUCCGCUUCAUCUUAUGCCUCAGUGGCAGCAUCUUCAUUGUCAUCAUGUUCAUUUUAUACUUCAACGGGUAUCACUCAAUAGGUGCUGCCUGUGAGUGGAUGGCAGUCUUAAUAUUUUUUAUUCUUUUCGGCCUAUUCGCUGUUGACUUCCAACAUAUCAAAGACUUUAAGGUUGUGGUGCAGUUCUGUGAGGGGAAAGUGACUGAAAGUGGAGGUGAAAUGAAGGAAAGAACAUAAUGAAACCAGCAAGGUACAGUUAUGGUGAAGUUUUCAGACACACACACACACAUUGAUUCAAUUUUAUAUUAUUAUUUGUUACAUAUAAGAAAGUAUAUUUAAUUCAAAGCCACUGCAAAAAACCAUUAUCAACCAGUACAAAAAUAUUCACUGCAUUGUACAAAGACAAAGAAUGAUCAAAUUACAACAGAGAAAUUAAACCAAAACACUACCAGAAACAACUGAAAUAAAUUCAGUGCUACUGUGGAAUUGACAAAAAUAAUGGGGUAUAUUCUUCAGCGGAGGCUUUACGUGAGCAAUUGCUAUAGUUACAGCACCAAACACAUGUAAUAGCUGUCUUAUAUAGGUCAUUAGAUAGCAGAGUUCAGCACAAAUCACAUGGCAAAGGAAAAUAUUUUCUAUCGAAGUAGAUAUUGUAUGACCUUUUGCUAUCAGUUCUUCUUGUUCCUAACAUCAUGCUGACCAUCACAUAUGUUGAAGGGAUAUCAAGAGGAAUCCUGUUAGUCACAACAUCAGUUCCACAUAAACGACUGCAGUUGCGCACUCCUAGCACCAGAGCAUGA